UGGAGUUUUUCGAGAGUUUGAAGCUCUUGUGUAUUUGAACGGCGUGAGAAACGUUCCGCUGAGAGAGCUUCGCACGCCCUCGCCAGGCCGGGCCUUGCGCGGGGCCGCCUUUGGCGCGCCCCUGUGGUCCCUGAGCAAGGCUGCGCAUGUCACCUCGCGCGCGUCCCCGGCCUCACUUCCGCGUCGCUCAGCUACCUAACUGGGAACAUCGACGCCAGAGAGAGCGGCCACGAGGCGGGAGGGGUGAGAAGCGCCCAUGGCUCGGCCCUGCCCUCGCGUGUGUGGGGUGCCGCUCCGCGUGGUACGGUCCGCGUGAGGACUUCUCGCCCGGCGCCGGGCUCUAGGUCGAGAGCCACGCUUACGCGCUUUUCAGUUUAGAGCCUAGGUCUCGUGGUUCUAGAACUCCAAGGGAAACGGUGUCGGCGUCGCUUUUCUGAGGAACUUGGCGCAGCGUUUUGACACCUGUGCAAACGUCUUUUCUAACAAGAUGGGAAGGCCAUUGUGACUAUGUGGUGAUUACAGUUGUCUUACUACUGUGUUUCCUACUGAAAUCAUGGAGGAGAAACAGCAGAUUAUAUUGGCUAAUCAAGAUGGUGGAACAGUGGCAGGAGCAGCACCUACCUUCUUUGUCAUCUUAAAGCAGCCAGGAAAUGGCAAAACUGAUCAAGGAAUUUUGGUUACUAAUCAGGAUGCCUGUGCUUUGGCUAGUAGUGUGUCAUCACCAGUAAAAUCUAAAGGGAAGAUUUGCCUUCCAGCUGAUUGUACUGUGGGUGGAAUCACUGUUACCCUCGAUAACAAUAGUAUGUGGAAUGAGUUCUAUCAUCGAAGCACAGAGAUGAUUCUGACCAAGCAAGGAAGACGCAUGUUUCCUUACUGUCGUUAUUGGAUAACAGGUUUAGAUUCAAAUUUGAAGUAUAUUCUUGUCAUGGAUAUAUCUCCUGUGGAUAACCAUCGUUAUAAGUGGAAUGGUCGUUGGUGGGAACCUAGUGGGAAGGCUGAACCUCAUGUUUUGGGGAGGGUUUUUAUUCAUCCAGAAUCUCCUUCCACAGGUCAUUAUUGGAUGCAUCAACCAGUAUCUUUCUAUAAACUCAAACUUACCAACAAUACACUGGACCAAGAAGGGCAUAUCAUCUUGCACUCUAUGCAUCGUUACCUGCCGAGGCUUCAUUUGGUGCCUGCAGAAAAGGCUGUGGAGGUGAUACAAUUAAAUGGCCCUGGUGUCCACACUUUUACCUUCCCACAGACUGAAUUCUUUGCAGUAACAGCUUAUCAGAACAUUCAGAUUACUCAGCUGAAAAUAGAUUACAAUCCAUUUGCCAAAGGCUUUCGGGAUGAUGGGCUGAAUAGUAAGCCCCAGAGAGAUGGAAAACAAAAGAACAGCUCUGACCAAGAAGGGAAUAAUAUUUCCAGUUCUUCUGGUCAUCGGGUCCGUCUUACAGAAGGUCAGGGGUCAGAGAUACAACCAGGUGAUUUGGAUCCUUUGUCAAGGGGUCAUGAAACAUCAGGCAAGGGUUUGGAGAAGACUUCCCUUAAUAUAAAACGAGACUUUCUUGGUUUCAUGGAUACUGAUUCAGCACUUAGUGAAGUUCCUCAAUUGAAGCAAGAGAUUUCUGAAUGUCUUAUUGCCAGCAGUUUUGAAGAUGACUCCCGUGUAGCCUCACCAUUAGACCAGAACGGAAGCUUCAAUGUUGUUAUUAAAGAGGAACCUCUAGAUGAUUAUGACUACGAACUUGGUGAGUGCCCAGAAGGGGUCACUGUGAAACAGGAAGAGACAGAUGAAGAGACGGAUGUAUACUCAAACAGUGAUGAUGAUCCUAUACUAGAGAAACAGCUAAAGAGGCACAAUAAAGUUGACAACCCAGAAGCUGACCAUCUAUCUUCUAAAUGGCUUCCAAGCAGCCCAUCAGGUGUUGCUAAAGCUAAAAUGUUCAAAUUAGACACUGGAAAGAUGCCAGUAGUCUAUCUGGAGCCCUGUGCUGUCACCAGAAGCACAGUGAAGAUUUCUGAACUCCCUGAUAACAUGCUUUCCACAUCUCGAAAGGAUAAAUCUUCUAUGUUGGCAGAAUUGGAAUAUUUGCCUACAUACAUUGAAAAUUCCAAUGAGACUGCCUUCUGCUUAGGCAAGGAAUCAGAAAAUGGUCUUAGAAAACAUUCACCAGAUCUCAGAGUGGUACAAAAAUAUCCCUUACUGAAAGAGCCUCAGUGGAAAUAUCCUGAUAUAUCUGACAGCAUUAGCACAGAAAGAAUACUUGACGAUUCAAAGGAUUCAGUUGGAGACUCACUUUCAGGAAAAGAGGACUUGGGCAGAAAGAGAACAACUAUGCUUAAGAUUGCAACAGCCGCAAAGGUAGUGAAUGCUAAUCAGAAUGCCUCUCCAAAUGUCCCUGGAAAAAGAGGAAGGCCACGAAAAUUGAAACUCUGUAAGGCAGGACGACCACCUAAGAACACAGGAAAGUCUUUAAUUUCUACAAAGAAUACACCUGUAAGCCCUGGGAGUACCUUUCCAGAUGUGAAGCCUGAUCUGGAAGAUGUGGAUGGUGUUCUCUUUGUUUCCUUUGAAUCAAAGGAAGCUCUAGACAUUCAUGCAGUUGAUGGGACAACAGAAGAAUCUUCUAGUCUCCAGGCAUCAACCACAAAUGACUCAGGUUACAGAGCAAGAAUUUCCCAGUUGGAAAAGGAAUUGAUAGAAGAUUUGAAGUCUUUGCGGCACAAGCAGGUGAUACAUCCUGGUCUUCAAGAAGUGGGCUUAAAAUUGAAUUCAGUGGAUCCAGCAAUGAGCAUUGAUCUUAAAUACUUGGGAGUACAGUUACCUUUGGCUCCAGCUACUAGCUUUCCUUUUUGGAACCUUACAGGAACCAACCCUGCCUCUCCUGAUGCGGGAUUUCCCUUUGUUUCUAGGACAGGGAAAACCAAUGAUUUCACUAAGAUCAAGGGAUGGAGGGGAAAAUUUCAUAGUGCUUCUGCAUCUAGGAAUGAAGGUGGAAAUUCAGAAAGUUCACUGAAAAAUCGUUCUGCUUUCUGUAGUGAUAAGCUAGAUGAAUACUUGGAAAAUGAAGGCAAGCUGAUGGAAACAAGCAUGGGUUUUUCUUCUAAUGCUCCCACAUCUCCUGUGGUGUACCAGCUUCCCACUAAGAGUACCAGCUAUGUACGAACACUUGAUAGUGUACUAAAGAAGCAAUCUACUAUUUCCCCUUCUACCUCUUAUUCUUUGAAACCUCAUUCUGUACCCCCUGUCUCUCGAAAGGCAAAGUCUCAAAACAGACAGGCAACUUUCAGUGGCCGAACUAAAUCAGCUUAUAAAUCCAUUUUACCAUACCCUGUUUCACCAAAGCAGAAAUACUCUCAUAUGAUUCUAGGAGAUAAGGUUACCAAGAAUUCUUCAGGCAUCAUCUCAGAAAAUCAGGCAAAUAACUUUGUUGUGCCAACUUUGGAUGAAAAUAUAUUUCCAAAGCAGAUUAGUUUGCGGCAGGCACAGCAGCAGCAGCAGCAACAGCAACAGCAACAGGGAAGUCGCCCUCCAGGCUUGUCUAAAUCUCAGGUGAAGCUAAUGGACCUGGAAGACUGUGCACUUUGGGAAGGAAAACCAAGGACAUACAUCACAGAAGAGCGAGCAGAUGUAUCCUUAACAACUCUACUUACAGCUCAAGCAUCCCUCAAAACUAAACCUAUCCACACAAUCAUAAGGAAACGAGCCCCUCCCUGCAACAAUGACUUCUGUCGACUGGGUUGUGUAUGUUCCAGUCUAGCUUUGGAGAAGCGCCAACCUGCUCACUGCCGCCGACCAGACUGCAUGUUUGGUUGUACUUGUUUGAAAAGAAAAGUUGUACUUGUUAAAGGAGGAUCCAAAACUAAGCAUUUUCAGAGGAAGGCUGCUCAUCGAGAUCCAGUAUUUUAUGAUACUCUGGGAGAGGAGGCAAGGGAGGAGGAAGAAGGAAUCAGGGAGGAGGAGGAACAAUUGAAAGAGAAAAAGAAGAGAAAGAAGCUAGAAUACACUAUAUGUGAGACAGAGCCUGAACAGCCUGUUCGACAUUACCCAUUAUGGGUAAAAGUAGAAGGUGAAGUAGAUCCAGAACCAGUUUAUAUCCCCACGCCUUCUGUCAUUGAGCCUAUGAAACCAUUGUUAUUGCCUCAGCCAGAAGUUUUAUCUCCUACUGUGAAGGGCAAACUGCUCACUGGAAUUAAAUCUGCACGGUCAUAUACUCCCAAACCCAAUCCUGUGAUUCGGGAAGAGGACAAAGAUCCAGUCUACUUGUACUUUGAAAGUAUGAUGACUUGUGCUCGAGUUCGAGUAUAUGAGCGAAAAAAAGAGGACCAGAGACAACCAUCUUCCUCCUCCUCCCCAUCUCCAUCAUUUCAGCAGCAAAGUUCAUGUCAUUCUAGCCCUGAGAACCAUAAUAAUGCAAAGGAACCUGAUUCUGAACAGCAGCCCUUAAAACAACUCACCUGUGACUUGGAGGAUGAUUCUGAUAAAUUACAAGAAAAGAGCUGGAAGUCUUCCUGCAAUGAAGGGGAAUCCUCUUCUACUUCUUAUAUGCAUCAGAGGUCACCUGGUGGUCCCACCAAACUGAUUGAGAUCAUCUCAGACUGCAACUGGGAGGAAGAUCGGAACAAGAUUUUGAGCAUCUUAUCCCAGCACAUCAAUAGCAACAUGCCACAAUCACUUAAGGUGGGCAGCUUCAUCAUUGAGUUGGCUUCUCAGCGAAAGAGCCGGGGUGAGAAGAACCCUCCUGUUUAUUCUUCUCGUGUGAAAAUCUCUAUGCCAUCAUGUCAAGACCAAGAUGAUAUGGCUGAGAAAUCUGGAUCAGAGACUCCUGAUGGUCCAUUGUCCCCUGGGAAAAUGGAGGAUAUCUCUCCUGUGCAGACAGCUGCCCUGGAUUCAGUGAGGGAGAGAUUACAUGGAGGCAAAGGUCUGCCUUUUUAUGCAGGGCUUUCUCCUGCAGGGAAGCUUGUGGCCUAUAAACGUAAACCCAGUUCAAGUACAUCUGGGCUUAUCCAGGUUAAUGGUAAGAGUUACCCGCAGGCUAAGUUGCUAUUGGGACAGAUGGGGGCAUUGCAUCCAGCCAAUAGGCUAGCUGCUUAUAUCACAGGCAGGUUGCGACCCUCAGUCCUGGACCUCUCAACCCUCAGUACUGUCAUCUCCAAGGUAGCAUCCAAUGCCAAGGUGGCUGCAUCCAGGAAACCACGUACCCUGUUGCCUUCAACAUCCAAUUCCAAAAUGGCAUCCUCCUCUGGCACUGCAACAAAUCGCCCUGGGAAGAAUCUGAAGGCGUUUGUCCCAGCAAAACGGCCAAUUGCGGCUCGACCCUCUCCUGGUGGUGUGUUCACACAGUUUGUGAUGAGUAAAGUUGGAGCCUUGCAGCAGAAGAUACCUGGAGUUAGCACACCCCAAACCCUGGCAGGGACACAGAAGUUCAGUAUCAGACCUUCUCCAGUAAUGGUCGUCACACCUGUGGUUUCUUCUGAGCCAGUUCAGGUGUGCAGCCCUGUGACUGCUGCUGUCACUACUACCACCCCUCAAGUGUUUUUAGAAAAUACUACUGCUGUGACACCUAUGACUGCUAUUUCUGACGUGGAAACUAAAGAAACUACUUAUUCUUCUGGUGCCACCACUACAGGGGUUGUUGAGGUCUCUGAAACUAAUACCAGCACCUCUAUAACAUCUACCCAGUCUACAGCCACUGUGAACCUUACCAAAACCACUGGGAUAACUACCCCUGUGGCUUCAGUUGCUUUUCCUAAGUCUUUGGUAGCAUCUCCUUCAACCAUAACUCUUCCUGUUGCUUCCACUGCUUCCACCUCCUUAGUCGUGGUGACUGCAGCUGCAUCUUCCUCCAUGGUGACCACACCAACUUCAUCUCUGGGCUCUGUUCCUAUUAUACUCUCAGGAAUUAAUGGGAGUCCACCAGUGAGCCAGAGACCAGAAAAUGCUGCUCAAAUUCCAGUGGCUACUCCACAGGUCUCUCCUAACACAGUGAAACGUGCUGGACCUCGAUUGUUGUUGAUUCCAGUGCAGCAGGGUUCUCCUACUCUUAGACCUGUCUCAAACACACAACUUCAGGGACAUCGGAUGGUCUUGCAGCCUGUUAGGAGUCCAAGUGGAAUGAACUUAUUCAGGCACCCUAAUGGGCAGAUUGUCCAGCUUCUACCUUUGCAUCAGCUUCGAGGCUCUAAUACCCAGCCCAACUUACAGCCUGUCAUGUUUCGGAACCCAGGUUCUGUGAUGGGAAUCCGGUUACCUGCUCCUUCCAAACCCUCUGAGACUCCGCCAUCUUCCACUUCGUCCUCUGCUUUCUCUGUCAUGAAUCCUGUAAUUCAAGCUGUUGGGUCUUCUUCAGCAGUGAAUGUUAUCACUCAGGCACCAUCAUUGCUUUCCUCUGGAGCUAGUUUUGUGUCUCAGGCUGGUACAUUGACCCUGAGGAUUUCUCCUCCUGAACCACAAAGCUUUGCAAGUAAAACAGGCUCUGAAACCAAAAUAACUUAUAGCUCAGGAGGACAGCCUGUUGGUACAGCCAGUCUUAUUCCUCUCCAGUCUGGUAGUUUUGCCUUGUUACAGCUCCCAGGACAAAAGCCUGUUCCUAGCUCCAUUCUUCAACAUGUUGCUUCCCUUCAGAUGAAGAGAGAAUCUCAGAAUCCAGACCAGAAAGAUGAAACAAACUCAAUAAAAAGAGAGCAAGAAACGAAGAAGGUUCUACAGUCAGAAGGAGAGGCUGUAGACCCUGAGGCUAAUAUAAUAAAACAAAACUCAGGAGCUGCUACCUCAGAAGAAACUCUGAAUGAUUCCUUGGAAGAUAGGGGUGAUCAUUUGGAUGAAGAAUGCCUUCCAGAAGAAGGUUGUGCAACUGUCAAACCAUCUGAGCAUUCCUGUAUCACUGGGUCACAUACAGAUCAAGAUUAUAAAGAUGUUAAUGAAGAAUAUGGGGCUAGGAAUCGUAAGAGUUCCAAAGAAAAAGUGGCUGUUCUAGAAGUUAGGACCAUUUCUGAAAAAGCCAGUAAUAAGACAGUCCAAAAUUUAAGUAAAGUACAGCAUCAAAAACUUGGUGAUGUGAAGGUGGAACAGCAGAAAGGAUUUGACAAUCCAGAAGAAAAUUCAAGUGAAUUUCCAGUCACCUUUAAGGAAGAAAGUAAAUUUGAAUUGUCAGGAAGCAAAGUUAUGGAGCAGCAAUCUAAUCUACAGCCAGAGGCCAAAGAGAAGGAAUGUGGAGACUCUCUGGAGAAAGACAGGGAAAGAUGGAGAAAACAUCUGAAGGGCCCCUUAACCAGGAAAUGUGUUGGAGCUUCACAGGAAUGUAAGAAAGAGGCAGACGAGCAGUUAAUUAAAGAAACAAAGACAUGUCAGGAAAAUUCAGAUGUGUUUCAGCAAGAACAAGGCAUCUCUGACUUACUUGGAAAAAGUGGAAUUACUGAAGAUGCCAGAGUUUUGAAAACUGAAUGUGAUUCUUGGAGUAGGAUUUCUAAUCCUUUAGCCUUCUCCAUUGUUCCUAGGAGAGCUGCAAAAAGCAGCAGAGGGAAUGGACAUUUUCAGGGUCACUUACUGCUACCUGGAGAACAGAUACAACCAAAGCAAGAGAAGAAGGGUGGGAGAAGCAGUGCUGACUUCACUGUUUUGGAUUUGGAAGAAGAUGAUGAAGAUGAUAAUGAGAAAACUGAUGAUUCUAUUGAUGAAAUUGUGGAUGUUGUUUCUGACUACCAGAGUGAGGAGGUUGAUGAUGUAGAAAAGAAUAACUGUGUAGAAUACAUUGAGGAUGAUGAGGAGCACGUGGACAUUGAGACUGUAGAAGAGCUCUCAGAGGAAAUUAAUGUUGCUCACCUGAAGACCACAGCGGCCCACACACAGUCAUUCAAACAGCCGUCCUGUACUCACAUCUCUGCAGAUGAAAAAGCAGCUGAAAGGAGUCGAAAGGCUCCACCAGUUCCUCUAAAACUGAAGCCUGAUUACUGGAGUGACAAACUACAGAAAGAAGCAGAGGCGUUUGCUUAUUAUCGCCGGACACACACUGCCAAUGAGCGGCGGCGGCGUGGUGAAAUGAGGGAUCUCUUUGAGAAAUUAAAGAUCACAUUGGGAUUACUUCAUUCUUCCAAGGUUUCCAAAAGUCUCAUUCUUACUCGAGCCUUCAGUGAAAUUCAGGGACUAACAGAUCAGGCAGACAAAUUGAUAGGACAGAAAAAUCUCCUGACUCGAAAACGGAAUAUUCUGAUACGGAAAGUAUCGUCUCUUUCAGGUAAGACAGAAGAAGUGGUCCUGAAGAAGCUAGAGUAUAUUUAUGCAAAACAGCAAGCACUAGAGGCACAAAAAAGAAAAAAGAAGAUGGGAUCAGAUGAGUUUGACAUGUCUCCCAGAAUUAGCAAACAGCAGGAAGGAUCUUCUGCAUCAUCUGUAGAUCUUGGACAGAUGUUUAUAAAUAACAGGAGGGGGAAACCUUUGAUUCUUUCCAGAAAAAAAGACCAGGCCACAGAAAAUACCUCACCCUUGAACACUCCACACACCUCUGCCAACCUUGUGAUGACUCCGCAAGGGCAAUUGCUCACCCUAAAAGGUCCCCUAUUCUCAGGACCAGUGGUAGCUGUUUCUCCUGAUCUCUUAGAAUCUGAUCUUAAGCCUCAAGUUGCCGGUAGUGCUGUGGCUCUACCAGAAAACGACGACUUAUUUAUGAUGCCACGAAUUGUUAAUGUGACAUCAUUGGCCACAGAGGGAGGUUUGGUAGAUAUGGGUGGCAGCAAAUAUCCUCAUGAAGUUCCUGAUAGCACGCCAUCUGACCAUCUGAAAGACACCGUCAGGAAUGAAGAUAAUUCCUUAGAGGAUAAGGGUAGAAUCUCUUCCAGAGGAAACAGAGAUGGCAGAGUGACGUUGGGUCCAACGCAGGUUUUUCUGGCAAACAAAGAUUCUGGUUAUCCACAAAUAGUUGACGUUUCCAGUAUGCAGAAAGCACAAGAGUUCUUACCUAAAAAGAUUUCUGGUGAUAUGAGAGGGAUUCAGUAUAAAUGGAAAGAGAGUGAAUCAAGAGGGGAGAGAGUGAAGUCAAAGGAUUCUUCAUUUCAUAAAUUAAAGAUGAAAGAUCUCAAGGACUCAAGCAUAGAGAUGGAACUGAGGAAAGUAACAUCAGCUAUAGAGGAAGCAGCUCUUGAUUCCAGUGAACUGCUGACUAACAUGGAAGAUGAGGAUGAUACUGAUGAGACACUGACUUCACUGCUCAAUGAAAUUGCCUUUCUUAAUCAACAACUAAAUGAUGACUCUGUUGGCCUGGCUGAACUACCCAGCUCUAUGGAUACAGAGUUCCCAGGGGAUGCUCGGCGGGCUUUUGUUAGUAAGGUUCCUCCUGGAAGCAGAGCAACUUUCCAGGUUGAGCACUUGGGAACUGGUUUGAAAGAGUUGCCUGAUGUUCAAGGGGAGAGUGACUCUAUCAGUCCCCUCCUCUUGCACUUGGAAGACGAUGACUUUUCUGAGAAUGAAAAACAACUUGCAGAACCAGCCUCUGAGCCAGAUGUCCUUAAGAUUGUUAUUGACUCUGAAAUAAAGGAUUCCCUCCUUUCCAACAAAAAAGCUAUUGAUGGAGGGAAGAAUACUUCUGGCCUCCCUGCAGAGCCCGAAAGUGUGUCCUCACCCCCCACCCUACACAUGAAGACUGGCUUGGAGAACAGCAACAGCACAGACACUUUGUGGAGGCCUAUGCCAAAGUUGGCCCCUCUAGGUUUAAAAGUAGCUAAUCCUUCCAGUGAUGCAGAUGGUCAGAGUCUCAAGGUGAUGCCUUGUUUGGCACCUAUAGCUGCCAAAGUUGGGUCAGUUGGACACAAAAUGAACUUAACAGGGAAUGACCAGGAAGGCCGGGAAAGCAAGGUGAUGCCUACAUUGGCACCUGUUGUGGCUAAAUUGGGCAACUCGGGGGCCUCACCAAGUUCUGCAGGGAAAUGAACUUACUUGUCCUUAAGCAGAAGCCAAGCUGUGAGGGGAAAUUGAUCUCACCUCCUUUCUCUGCAGGCAUCUGUUUGUUUGUGUCUUAGAACUUGGAUCCUUGACUUCAAUGAUGCAGUGGAUAAUGAUGGGAGAAAGGGGGUAGGGUGCUGACCCUGGUAUAAGAAGUACUCUGAAAUUCUGAUCAUGUUAAAAUGUGUUACCUCACUUGUGGUGCUGGGUCCCCUCAUCCUCUCUAAGAAGAUGUGAUCCAUUACUGAACAUGAGGUGCCCCUCUUACCCAAGGAAUUUAUAACAUGACUCUGGCUCCACAGUGGUUUCUAGUUCUUCCCCCACAAGCGAAAGAGCUGUUUGCAACUUUGGAGUUGCUGUAGACUGAACUGUAGCUUGUAGCUGUUGAAUUAAGUCCAAAAUCUAAGGAAUGCGAUGGACUUGUGCAAAGGGAUCCAGAAGAGACACUUUUUAGUUGAUGUUUCAAGAAUAGGGAGAGAGAGGAUGGGUACCAUGGAAUACCAAAGUGAAGGACUUUGUGUCAUUCAGCAAAAUUUUCUUUUUUCAUAUCCUAAGUAGCUCCCAUUCCCUCACCUUUUCAAUCAGAAUUAACAAAUUCAAGCCUUCAGUAAAGUAGGGAUGCUUUUAACUUUUAUUAUUAAUUAUUUUGAGAUCUUAAAAAAAUAGUAGUUCUCCCCUAUUAUUUUUGUGGGCAUUGAAAAGCUCAUUUCACAGUACCAGAAAUUUUUACUGGGAGUAUAUAUUUUGGAGGUAGGCAUAGAGGGAGCCCUACCCCUUCCACAAAUUACGUCACUCAAGAGACAGCUAAAAUAAAAUGCAUUCUCUCCCCAGACCAGAGACAGUGGCCAAAAUAAAAAAUCAUGGGGCUGGAAAUUUCCCAAAUCAAACCAGCCUCCUGGUGCUUGAAGGUUUCAUUCACUAUUACCUGCACAGGAUGUAAAGAAAAGUCACAGUAGGCACUCUUUACCAGGGAAAUAAGGCAGUAUUUGAAUCACAAGAUAUAUUUUUUAUCUGCAACCAUGGAUUCAAUGAUCUGUAGAGCUUUUUCACUCAUUAACUGUCAGGAUAUGAAGGACUGACAGUCUGUAAAGAUAUUUAUAUUUUUGUAUAGUUGUUUUCAUAGAUUUCUCAAAGGCUGAAGUUUUCAACCUAGAAGAUGAGAUUUGUAUUGAGUAUAGAAAUGAUGUUUCCUAUCUAGUUUGUAAAUAAUCAUGGUGCACUUGAGGGGUCUCUUGGAAACUCCUAGGGGGUCAAGAAUCACUAUUCUGAAACUGUAUAGACUGGGAUUUAGCUGCUGCAUUUUGCCUUUCUUAAAUAAUUAUAUUUUGGAAUGUAACCCCUGUUCUGUCUUCAUUGACAGGAUUUGCUUGUGUUGUUAAAACACUAACACAAGAGCUUCCAGUGCCUGGGCCGUGCCUAGGUGAUGCUAUUUCUUCUAUAUCUCCUGUCUUCUUUAUCCCAAAUCCCACUCAGCAUAUCUUCAGACCUAGGUUGUAAGACCAACUUUGGAUUGGAUCUAGCCAGUGAAUUAUUAUUUCCAUGGUUGGUUCCCUUUCUGUUAACUCUGGUAAUCAACAGAUUGAAAACGGUGGAAGAACUUCCUCUGAAAAUUGCAGUGGGAGCAAAUUCUUGUUGGUUUUGUGCUGCUUGCCUUUCUAGAUCUGCUCAUCAGCACUUAACCUUCCCUCCUCUAAAGGUUACUAAAGAAGCCUGAAGUAGGUAAAGAGUGCUCCUCAGCUUCUUCUUAUCCUUCCACUGUUUACCCAGCAGAUUUCAUUCAAUGCCUUAGCCAAGGAGUCCAGCACCUGUCUCCCCUGCUAAUAAUUGUCCUUAGAGAUGCUAGUACUUUAAUCCAGGUAUAGCAGUUUCCCGUUAUUUUCUUGCUUGUCGUUCCCCUACAUUUCCUCCUGAUUUCCCAAGACUCUUUGUGGCUUUUGAGGGUCAGCCAAGGAGCAGGCAAGUGAGUGAACAAUCCUCAGGAAAAGAAGGACCAUUUUAGCUUAACACUUCCUUUUUUUUUUUUUUUUUUAAGAAGAAUAUAGGUAAACAGGUAAUGAUUCUUGAUUGGAGAUACUAUUUGACUCUUGAUGAGAGUUGUACGAAGAUGGAAAUGAGGGAUGAUUCCAGGCGUUUUAGGGGGAAGGCUGCAGAUACCAUUCUAACCCCCAAGAUACUGUGUUCUCAAGACCUCUUAGAACUAGGUGUUGUCAGGGAUAAUUUGAGGAGGGCUUAGUCUUCAGAACAAUCCUGCAGUCUUGACAGAAAUCUAAAAUCUCCAAAAACUCCUACCCUUUAACCUUACCCUAGGGGGAACUGAUCUAUGAAUAUUACAUGUGUGAUUAUGAAAGGUGAAGUUGAGUGAGAGGAGUUGAGGAACGUGGAAGACAGUGAGCUCUCACCCUAACACUAUAAGAAGCAUGAUCUCAAUAGACCAAUAAUUCACCUUUUUAUACAUCUGUAAAUAAAUGGAAUGUUUUUAAGAAUAUAAUUAUGUCAGAUUUAGCAUUUUCUUUUAUAUAUUAAAUAUAUAUAUCUUUCCUUUUCUGCUUUCGAAAAGUGACUAUUUUUUUAGAAAUCUAAGAAGUUUGGUGAUUGAAAGGUAGAAUAUAUAAACCUGAAAUAAAGCAGUUAAAACAAUUAAAGCAGAA